CCUGCGUUCAGUCGUCUAUUUAACACAUCUAUCGGUCGAACACUUGGAGAAAACUAAAGGCAAUAUCAUUAAUAUGUCGAGUAUUGCGAGCUUUAAAACGUUGUCCAGAGGGUUUCUGUACUGUAUGUCAAAGUGUGCACUCGAUAUGUUCACCAAAUGUCUGGCCCUAGAGUUGGCCCCAAACGGCAUUCGCGUUAAUGCUAUCAAUCCGGGCACAAUCAGGACAAACAUGCUUCUGACCCUGGGCUUCACGAAAGAGCAAUCGGUGGCUCGAUAUAGUGAAAUGGGCGGCAAAUACCCGGUCGGACGGGUCGGUGAGCCCAUAGACGUCGCGAACGCUGUACUCUUCUUGGCCUCAGACGAGGCCUCGUUUGUGACGGGCAUUAACUUUGUGUCCGACGGCGGGAUUCUCAACGCCUCCUUAUAAGUGUCUAUAUUAUUAAUAAAU